CGGCGAGGCGAGGACAUGGCGCGGGGCCGCCGCCGGCCCGGCUGAGCGGCCGCUGCCCGCUGCCCGCGGGGCCGGCGGAGCGGGCGGCCUCGGGCCGCGGGCGCCGCCGCCGCCCCGGCGCGGCCGCCGCCCCCAUGAGUGAAUGAGGAGCGGCCGCAGCGCCCGUCGAUGCCUCGCCAGGGAGCCGGGUGCCUGCGCCAUGAACCCCGAGAUGGCGAUGGAGCCGCUGGGCAGCCUGCACGGGGCGGCCGGCCAUGAGCCGGAGCUGAUGGGCAGCCCCAGCCCCCACCACGGCGGCCGCAGCGCCGGGCCGCUCCGGGUGCCCCCGCCGCCGCCGCCCCCGCCGCCGCCGCCGCCGCACCAGGAGCUGGCCCCCGCCGCCGCCCGGCCGGCCAUGGUGUCCAGCAUGGCCUCGCUGCUGGACGGCGCCGCCGAGUACCGCCCCGAGCUCUCCAUCCCGCUGCACCACGCCAUGAGCAUGCCCUGCGAGUCCUCGCCGCCCGGCAUGGGCAUGAGCAGCACCUACACCACCCUGACGCCACUCCAGCCCCUGCCGCCCAUCUCCACCGUCUCCGACAAGUUCCACCACCCGCACGCCCACCCGCACGCCCACCACCACCACCACCACCACCAGCGCCUCUCGGGCAACGUCAGCGGCAGCUUCGCCCUCAUGCGGGACGAGCGCGGGCUGCCCGCCGUCAACAACCUCUACGGGCCCUACAAGGAGAUGCCCGGCAUGGGGCAGAGCCUCUCGCCGCUGGGCAACGGGCUGGGCCCCCUCCACAACGCCCAGCAGGGCCUCCACGGCUACGGGCCGCCCGGCCACGACAAGAUGCUCAGCCCCAACUUCGACGCCCACGCGGCCAUGCUGGCGCGGGGGGACCAGCACCUCUCCCGCGGGCUGGGGACGCCCCCCGCCAUGAUGCCCGCCCUGAACGGCAUGCACCACGCCGCGCACCCGGGCCACCCGCCGCCCCACGGCCCCGCGCUGCCCGCCGGCCGGGAGCGGCCGCCCUCCUCCUCCUCCGGCUCGCAGGUGAGCAGCUCGGGGCAGCUGGAGGAGAUCAACACCAAAGAAGUGGCACAAAGGAUCACGGCGGAGCUGAAGCGCUACAGCAUCCCGCAGGCCAUCUUCGCCCAGCGGGUGCUGUGCCGCUCUCAGGGCACCCUCUCGGACUUGCUGCGGAACCCUAAGCCUUGGAGUAAACUCAAGUCCGGCCGGGAGACCUUCCGGAGGAUGUGGAAGUGGCUGCAGGAGCCGGAGUUCCAGAGGAUGUCGGCCCUGCGGCUGGCAGCCUGCAAACGCAAAGAGCAAGAGCCGAACAAAGAGCGGAACAACUCCCAGAAGAAAUCUCGCCUGGUUUUCACGGACCUCCAGCGCAGAACGCUUUUCGCCAUCUUCAAGGAGAACAAGCGCCCCUCCAAAGAAAUGCAGAUCACCAUCUCCCAGCAGCUGGGCCUGGAGCUCACCACCGUCAGCAACUUCUUCAUGAACGCCCGGCGGCGCAGCCUGGAGAAGUGGCAGGACGACCUGAGCUCGGGGGGCUCCUCCUCGGCCCCCAGCACCUGUACCAAAGCGUGAUGGUGAGCGGCCGGCGCGGCAGAGAGAGCGGCUUCGCAGCGGGGCCCUUCACUGGUGACUUAAAGCACAAUCCUCCUGGAAACGAACCCCAGCCCAGCUGUAACAGAGGACACUUCUUACGGCUUUUAGUCAGUCUUAGCAGGCGCAAGUUAGAAAUUAACCUCUUUCUAUACAAUACUAUGCUCAGGACAGGCGAAGCAGGUCUGAAAUGUAGGGGAGUCGCUCGUGAGGCAAGUUUCUCCUGAGCCCCAAAGAGCCCCGGCCGGCGGGGGUGCCGCUGCGAGCCCGGGCAGCCUGCCCGUGCCCGGCGUUUGCCGGCAGGGCGCCGGUGCUGGCCACACCGCCCUGCACCAAAGCUCGCCGCCGUGGCGCAGCCACGCGAGAACGGAGCACAAAGUCUGACACGUAGACGCUAAAGAAUCCAAGAACCUGUUUUUAAAACUCAGGCAUGGUUUUGUUAAGUGUUUUAGGGAAAAAAAAAAAGAUCAAAGUUAAGUUUUUGUUUGCUUUUUUUUUUUUUUUUAGUUUGUUUAAUUUAAUCAGUGAGUAUCGCUUGAUCCUGGAUCAGAAAAAUUCAGUUCACUUGAGCUCAAAGUAUCAAGCACAAAGCCAGUAGCUACAGAAAUAGGGACGAUCCUGGACUCACUGCAGUGACUGUUUCGAGAUGCAGUCUAACUUCCAACGUCGGUAGGGAACACCUCUGUGACCACACGAGCCUCAAGCACAGUUUGCAGUUUGUCACAAGUUCUGUGUUUGUACCUAAUGCAGAUGCACACUCAGGAGGUCAAUUUAACUGCUACAAUACAUGGAGCAAACACAACGUUUUGAAAGAUCUAGAUUUUUUUAGGUCAUUAAUAUGUCCUUUUUAGUUACCAGGAAUCUAAUUUCUCCUCGACAAUGUCCUUGCGUAUUUAGCGUUCAAUGUUAUUUUUUGUUCAGGUUUUUUUUUUCACUCUUACGGUACUUUCAAGCAGGAAAAAACCAGAAACAAGCCCUUCAGCUGCCGCUGACCGUUUUAGAUGUGCCGCAUAUGGCUUCAAUAUGCCAACCAGAUCUACUGCAUCCCUAAGUUCCUUUCAUCCACCAGUUACCCAAGCUGGCGGGAACACAGCACACCAAAGAGACAGGAUUACUGCAAGCCAAAGAUGUUUAUAACUUGCCAUUUUCCUCCCAUCAUCGCUGGUGCGGGUGGCUGUUCGGCGAUGGGGAAGCCUCACAAACUCCAAGCCCCCUCUCCACCUCCGGCGGCGGGCGGGCAGCGCGGGCAGCCGACGUCAGCAGCGCCCCGGCCGCCGCCGCCCCGCUCGCGGCCGCAGCGACGCCGCGGCCCUGCCUGCACCGCGCAGCCCGACCCGCGACGCCGCAACGGCCGCGGCCGCCCGAUGUGCGCAUUUACCAGUGAACGGCCCCUCCGGGAGCACCGGCCGAGUCCCCGGCAGCAAGCCAAGCGCGGUCGUGGUUCUUUAGAGACACUUGAGACUUUUUUUAUGUACUACUUAAUCGAAACCAAAGAAACGUUUUCUGCACCUACUUCUUCUGCAACAAACUGUUCCAUUGAAAAAUAAAAUAAAAAUAAAAAAAAACAAGGAAGCACGUCAGGAAGCAAACGAGUAACACACUGUGUUUUGACAGACAUCUUGGACAUUUUAGGAAGCAGAUCUCAAAGAAAGGGUUGACAAGGACGAGAACAAAGCAAAGCCAGUACGAUUGCUGCUUCAUUUGACAACUCAGUCAUCUUAAAGUUGAAGAUUGUCUUUAAUUUGUGCCUAUGCAGUUUUUUCAAAAGAACAAGGAACAGAGCAACCAAAACCUCAACAGCUACAAUACCAAAGAUGAGGAUUCUCACUACUUGUGUUUCAGUUCGUUGUCUCCUCUUGCACGACUAAAUGCAUAUAGCACCAUUGAUCUGUGUACAGGUAAUCACUUCUGUUUCUUUGAGCAACCACACGGGUGGGUUUAUUUAUGUUUCUCCUGUUUCUGCCUCACACGGGAUCUCUCCAAGAGCUGCAUGGACUCCAAGUGCAAGAUGUUGGGAUACUACGCUGGUACGUCUCCUCUCUCCAGAGCCACGUAGGAAAAACGUGUCGGUUGGGUAUGACUUGUUUUGUCAGGUAGAGUUGGUCUCCUGUAUGUCUAGAGCUUCGAACAGCCAUCCUUCUGUAUGUGAAACCAGUUGAGUAACCUACACCCUUCUUUCUCUUCCCCAGGGAUAAAACUUGCAAUAUAUAUGUACCGAUUUCUGUCAUUGUAAGUGCUGAGCACUGCCACAGCCUGGCUCGCUGAGAUCAGAUCCCGAUCUGAACCAAAAUCGAGGUUUCAGCAGUUCAUGUGGCAGUUAAGUUUGUUUUGACAUAUUAGACAUGUUACGUUGGUUGAUCAACGCCAUGAUGAUCCAAAUGACACGCAGACCUAGGUCCAAAUUUGUCUUCAGAGCUGAAGUGCAGCGGUUACGAUUUUGCUCCACCUCUACCUUUAAAUGAGGGCUUCUUUUUAACUCCUUUGCGAAACCGCUGCAGUCAUUUUCCAAUGCUUACACUUGAAAAAAGCAAGAAAGUCAAAAAGCCUUUUCUGCUCAGGGCAGGAAAGGUUUCUGAAAAGUAAAUUCAGGAUCCUCACAGCUAAACUGACAGCACAUACCAGCUCUGGGAAUCAAAACACCCUUCAGCAUAGAUUUCCAGACAGAUCAUGCAUUAUUCGAAAAUGAUCCAAAGAAGCCUCGUAGUCAGGCGUGGAAUAAAGCUGCCAAAAAAAAAAAGGUUCAGAUCUGGGCUGAUGCGUACCAAUGCCUCCGGGUAUUCGAGUGAGAAGUUCUGAGUCAGCGUGCUGCAGAGCAGGGCCCGGCUGAGGUGGUUUGGUCAUGCUGAAGGUCCACCUUCAUUCCCAUCGAGAGGGUCCACUCAAACCAGCCUCUCCACGUGCAUUUUGAACGUGGCGUUGCCCUCAUGGGAAAGGUCUCGUUCUGGAAGCGUCUUCCCGCAAUCUGCAGCAGUGUCAGGCGACGCUGGCUUUCGGUCGCUUUUCUCACGCUCCAUUCCAUAGCGCCCUUGCAACCGCUGCAGGGGGUGACGCACCACCGGUGAACCCGGCCUGCCGUCCCUCGCCUCCCUUCCCCUGCAGAGGAGGGCACCGCGGGCGAGGAGAGUCCCAGGCGUCCCCUGAGGCGUGCGCCUGGCCGUCCGUGCCCCCGCAGAUGGGCGCGUGGGACACCUCCCCUUAGGGGCGUCCGCGGGCUGGCGGCUUCGCCUCCCGCCUACCACCGUCCCUAGGGGCAGCGAGGAGCCUGCCCUGGGCGCCUCCAGAAGGCUGCGAGCAAAGACUGGGGCUUUUUGCUUCUGUUCGGGGCUCAUCCCAGUAGCCGUAGCGGAGUCAGUCCGGUUCUCUCCAAGCUGCGGAAGUUCUUGUUAUGCAAUAUUAUGGCUUAAGUUCAUCGUUCAAAUGCUGAUCUGCCAUCUCACACUGGGAGCAAUGCAGUUACCUGGACCGAGCAGCACCGAGCCUGUCGUUUGGUUAGCAAGGUGCGUGAGGCUUCUCUGUGCCGGGGGUUGCAAAUACAUCAACAGCCACGUUUCCUCCGUAUUUGACAAAAAUCAUUUUCAUCUGAACAUCUGAAAAUACUGCUGCAUUUUUUAUCCCUGCAUCUUUCAUGGCCCUGUGUUGCAUCUUCCAUUUCACUGUCAACUCUUGUAGGCUUUUAUGUAGCAGCUAUCUCAGAAGAGGAGUGUCGAUAGCAUAUACUGUGGGUAGAUGUAUUUGUACGUACAUGUAUGAGCAGAACACAUGCUAUAUUUUGCCCAUACUUAAGAAAAAAACUCUAAUAGAUAUGUUAUGUUUAUAUACCACAUAAUUAUGAAUCUAUAGAGCCGUGUAAUGUAACUUAUUCCUUUUAUUUAUCCUGAUACGAAAGACUAGUAUGUACAGAUAGUAUCCCAGCAUCUUCCGUACCGCGUGCUCGGAGUUACUACCAUGGGCACAUCCAAGAUGAAUUCAACUUUCAAGACACCUUGGAUAUUGUUUAAUGAUCCGUGAAGGAACAAAGAAUGUGCGUGAUGACUUCGGUUGAAUAGCUUUAUUCUGGAUCUCUCUUACCUAAAGCUGAAUCCAAAGACCUGAGAAGGACUAAACCAGCAAACUACUCUCCAACCUGCGUAAGGGAAUAGGGAUUUCCUCUUCCAAAGCAAGACACGGUAACGACAUGGUAUUGCAAAGGGUGUGCUAGCUUCGGACAAAACCCAACGUUUUUCUUGCUUGUCACAAGACCUAAGUAUUUUUAAGACAUGGGGAAACUUUAUACUUGGCCUCCUUUAUAUUUAUUAAGGGGAAUUUUUAUUGUUUAAAUUUUUUAAAAAGGCAAAGCUUAAAAUGGUUUUAUUUUUUUCCAGACACUUGUGGGUUUUAACCCAAUAUAUUAUCUAUCAAUACUGUAAUUUAUUUAAUUUAGUCUUAGAGUAGGUCCCGAAAUUUCUGUUCAGUCUAAAUCACAUUGAGUUUCAUUUUAGCUUUAAAAUUCAAUGGGAGUUUUGCCUGGAUACAGACUGUGGGAUCAGGCUCCAAUGGUAGUUAUUUGUAACUAUUUAAUUCAAUGCUUUAUUGAUUAAUUUGGGAUUAAUUUUGCUUAUUUAUCCAUCUUACUCUUUUAGCGCAUCAGAGAUGCAAAACCUAUGUUAGUAAAUACACUUAAAAGUUAGUAUUGCUUCAUAGAGCAGCCAGGUUCUGUUACAGGUGGGAGAGAAAUAACAAGUUACGUAAAACUGGAGUCUAGAUUUAAUUUCUUCUUUUAAUUGAUUUCAAUUGUUUAACUAUCAAAGUUUAAAUUAUUUAAGUUAAUCUCUUCCCAUCUGAUUAGGAAGUGUGACGUACCCUUAUUAUGGCACAUAAAGCCUUCAUAAUAUAACUUAUUUAUUUAACUUAUUCAUCAUCAUCUGAGGAUGCCCUUGUAUAGCUUUUAUUUUUUAUUUAGAAUUACCUUUAAAGCACUACAGUUGAUUUUCUGUAAGAACAACAGAGCGAAUUUUGAGGACAAGCAAUGAAUAUUCAACCUAAAGCUGUGCGUUCAGAAACGAUAGGGGAACAAAAAAGACACUGGGAUACUUUGCCUGAACUUUGUGGCUUCUUAAAACUUUAGCUGGGGGAAAUAAUAAUAUACAUGCCAAGCAAAAAGAGAGAAACCCUUAACCUAGCUGCUUCCAAGAAUGAACUUCUGUGUGUGUAAAAAAAAAAAAAGAAAAGAAAAAAGAAAAAAAAAGGAAAAAAGAAAAAAAAAAAGAAAAAACCUUUCUAUUUCUAGUGAGAACCAAAGAGGCUACCUCACUGACUUUUUCCAUUUGUAAUUUUAAUCGUGUUGAUGAUACCAAAGAUACCAAAGAUUUCUUUCUCUGUGCGGUCUGCAUUUUGCUUGUGCUCUUUUAUAGUUUCAACUGUUCUCUCCUACAAACAGCGAUGUACAGCUGCAACCCAGACACCCAAAGAAAUACUUCUUGUGGAAGCUGCCAAUUCUGGUGACGACAUUUUCUGUGUUUCCCUUACGCCUUCCCUGCCAGCCAAAAACGUUUGGAGACGUGACACUGCUUCACGUCCUUCCCCACGCCAGAUUCCGGCGGGAGGAGCGGUUGUGUUGACCUGGGGCUGAAUCCAGGCUUUGUCCGUCAGCCGCUUCCUUGGGGAAGGGGACGUGCGUGCUGCCGCCUGCGCGAGCCCUGCUUCGGUGGGCGUGGGCGUGCUUUUGCAUCAGAAAUUAGCAUUAGAAAUUAUUAUUUCUUCGUUAGAUGCACGCUGCCUCCAUCGAAGCCGGUGGGCACAGCAGGUGCGGCGGCCGCGCUCUCCUGCCUACGUCUUGUUGUCGUUCGCAAUUACUGUUUUCAUAUGAAAAUCAAUUAAUUAUUUUUCUCGAGUUAGCAACAAAACAAAACCGCAUUAAGCUCCAUUAGUAUCAUGUUCCUAAGCGAGUACUUGAAAGUUGGCUGUUUGUCUUUGGGGAAUUAGUGGUGCCCUUUGGCAUUUGUUUCUUUUAGCCUGUUUUAGGCUGUUCAUACGCCUGAACCAAGUGCUCUGAUAAGCUGAGCUGGCUCCUGGGCGCUGCUUGCUCUUCCCACCGCUCUGUACCUCCGCAGCUUCCCGGGCCCCCGUCCAGACCCAAGUUCAGCUUUUCUUUAGGAGCCCCCUAAUCCUGCCAUUAGCAGGGGAAACAAGAAACGAGGUGAGCGCUGGCUGGUAGGUAAAUUUAAAAGAGAAAAAUAAAAACUCAUUCGGAUUGCAGGCGUGCACUUUUGGCUGAGCUUAAAAGCUGGUUUAUAAACCUCCGGCCCUUCCCCGCGUGGGUGCAAACGCCUUGCUUUGAUGACAGUCAAGGCAGGGGACACUCGCCCCAGCGCGGCGUCGCCUGCGUUGGUGAGACCCCGCAUGAGCCGCGUCCCGGCUGCUGCAGGGGCUUGGGCCUUUCCCUAAGGAGCCUGGGCGAGCAGCGCCUGUGGGUUCACGCACACAAUUACCAACAGCUCAACACAAACGCUCCGCUUCAGUUAAACGUCGCCUUUUGGUUUGCGUUUCUUUUUGGUUUUAAACUGCAUUGGAAAAGAUAGGGACUUGACAAGUGUGCUUUUUGUAUCUCUCUCUAUAUGUUCCUUCGAUAAAAAGCUAUAAUAAUUCUCAGGAUGCCUUCUGGGCGUGGAGGAGACGAUCUGUCCUUGUGGUAGGCGAGACCUUCCCGCCGUGCCCCCGCCACCCCCUGCACAGCACGGACGGGUGGCAGGCUGGACACAGAAAAUCCCCAGAGCUGGCAGGGUCCUCUGCAGCAAUCACAUUUCUUACCAGACUCAUGCUUCACUUGCAAAGUGUGACAUUACCACGGGACGAGUGCCUUGCUUGAACCAAAGCAACGAUUUUGCCAGUCUAGACCUCUCUGUGCUUUUUUUUAUUCUUCCUGUGAAUACCUCAGCUUCAACUGGGCCGCCGAAUCGUACCUGGUGGGCUUUUUGUACUGUGGUGCUUUGCAAUGCAGCCCUGCAAAGAACAAAACUCCUAAUAAUACCAAAGGCUCCUCUCCUACCUCUUCUUCUUCUCCUCUUUUUUCCUUCUCCUUCUCCUCCUUGUCUUUCUCCUCCUUCUCUUUCUCCUUCUCCUCCUCCUCCUCCUCCUCCUCUCCUCUCCUUCUUUCUCCUCUCCUUCUUCUCCCUCUCCUUCUCCUUCUCCUUCCCCUUCAUCCUCUAUUUCUUCAUGGUUCCAAAGCUUUAAUAUAAAACUGGGCAUGUUGGCAACGCAGACCGUGCAAUCCCUUACCGAAUUUUCUCAGAUAUACCUCAUAGAGAAUAGUUGUUUAGAGUAAUGUUAUUAUAGCGUAUGUAAUAAAUUAUUCACUGUUUCUUUUUGGUAACUGUGAUUUAAAGAAGAAAAAGCUUUAUACGUUUUAGGUUGUGCUUUUGUAAUAGACGGAAAAGGUGCGCUUAAAAAUGUACGUCAGUCUUUCUUCCCAUUGGGUUUUUUUUGUUUGUUUGUUACGGAUUGGGGAAAAGUUGCAGAAUGAGCCCAAAGUUUACAGUUUCAUAUUUUGCUGAAGAAACAAUCUGUGUUAAUUUGCUCUGUUGAAAAAAAAAAGAAAAAAAAAGAAAAAAAAAAAGAUUAUUUUCUACAUUUGUGCUACUUGGUCUGAACAGCUAAUUGUUCUGUGUGACGGUGUAGUAUUAUAAUUAGCAACUGCCAAUCAGCGGUACCAUUUUUAUGCAUGAGGCAAAACCUUAGCAGUGUGAUGCAUCGUGGUUCUUAAUGGCAACUUCUUCUUUUGAAUUUGAAAAUAGCUCUUUUGGUUCAAUGGUAUUUAUUUAUGCAUGGAGCCUGUUAUCUGUUAGCAGCUGUGGCGCAGUUGUGUAUGCAUUUGAGCUGUGAAAACAUGCACAGUUUUGCCUCAUACGAUUAAGUACUGGUAAGAACUGGCAUUCAGAUCAGUUCUCAUCAGUCCGUGUUUUGAACACAGACCCGAAUUGAAUUCCAGGUAAAUUAAAUUUUUAUUGGAGGACAGGUUUGGCCGACUAGCAGCUUUUUCCCGGCCAGUUCGACUCGCAAGUCAGUCACUCUCAAACACAGGCCUUGCUCAGACGGAGCCAACUGUGCGUUUUUUCCCAGGGACGGGAGUUCCUUUGGCUUUAUGGCGGAGCCGCGGCGUGGCGGGGGACCGCUCGCGCUGGGGUCCCCUGCCCAGGCCCGGCGCGGGCGUCCGUCGGGGCGGCGCAGCCGGACCGCGCCGGGAGGGAGCGCGAGCACCGGCUCCGGCAGCCCCGGCACGCACCGCCCUCCGCUCGGGGCUCGGCGGUCUUGAAGUGUUUUGUACCCCCUUUGAUUUACCCCUCGUGUCCCAAACCGGUUCCACACUCAAGACCCCCAGUUCUACAGCACCGCCAGCGGACCGGCACACCGACCGGCUCUUCUACGCGGAUCCCGCUUCGGGCGCCUCACGCAACCCUGACUCUCUGGUCGUACUGGACGUAAAGCCAAAUCAACUGCUAAACACACUUUACUCUGCGUAGGAGUGCCGCUCGGGGAGUAGGAGUACGAACGUCGCAGUCUUCUAACGAGGCAUCUGAAGUAACGUCGGUAGAGUGUUUAUAUUGUCUGUCAUUAAGGAUAUAUUAGAGAUGUGCUUUCAUUAGUGCAAAGGAACAUAUUUUUAUUUGGCCUUAUACAGUAGAUUGUGAUAAUGAAAGCUUUGUAAUAUAGUCCGUUUAUUUUUUUUUCCGUAUUUAUCUGCCAAAGACGGUAAUGGAUACAAGAAUUUUAAAUAGGUUUUUUUUUGUAAGACAGUUAAUGAUUGUAAUAGUGUUUAAUCUUCCAGAAAGCUUUAUAUGUUCUUCCGCAAUAAGCAGACUCGAUAUUCGUUUCGGCAGACCCGACUCAUGCUAGCAGAUCCCAGACACUACUCAGACGACACGCAGUUGUUGUAAUACCUACACGCUGAGUUCACCUGCAUUUCUCAGUCCAAAGGCAACAAGGGGUAUGUGAGACGAUGACAAUGUUCACUACUGUGGCCAACAGUAGAUGGUCCAGCUUGCUAAAAUUUGCCAAGGUACUUGUAUUAUGAAAUUUAAGGUAUAUUUUAUUAUGUCAUUUUAUGUCAUUUUUUAACUUUGUGGAAGGUGAUACGUUGAACUGAGUGUAAGCUGAGUUUUUCAGACAAAUAAAGUAGCUAAAGAGUGAAUGUUAUUUUAUCAUUAAAGGGUUUUUACUCAAUGAUUUGUGCCAAUAGAUGUCCUUUAUCUUAAUGACAAGUAUUACAUUGCUUUCAAAUUUUUAUUUAUAGCUAUUGAUGUAAAACCCACACACAUAUUAUUUGCCAAAGUUCAAUAAAGGAGGAAAACAAUG